AUGUCUACUUAUCACAUCCGAGAGGUUGAUAACCGCCUACAGGGGCGUCUUGCACUUGUGACUGGAGCCAGUGGAGGCAUCGGUUCCGCAAUUGCCAGAGCUCUCGCCGCAGAGGGCUGUGACGUGGUUCUUCACUGCAACUCAAGCUUGCACAAAGUUGAAACCCUCUCCAAAACUCUACAGUCUACCCACCCCGACCAACUCUUCCCAUGUGUCUCGGCCGACCUUAGCUCUCGAGAGCAAACACGCGGUCUCGUCGAUGCCAUAUUCCAGAACCCUACAGUCUCCUCCAAGCAUAAGGCCAUAUCCAUACUUGUGGCCAAUGCUGGCCUUGGCAAGCGGAUUCGAGAUGUACAAGAAAUCGAAGAGGAUAAUUGGGAUGAGAUGAUGGCGGUCAAUGCCCGAAGUCAGUUUGUGGUGACAAAGAGUUGUUUGCCUGGGAUGAGGGCGCAGUCUUGGGGACGAGUUAUUCUUGUGGGGAGUAUUGCAAGCAAAGGCGGUGGAAUCAAUGGCUGCCACUAUGCCGCCACAAAAGGGGCGCUCACUUCCAUGGGUUUGAACUUGGCCACCCUGCUCGCCGGUGAGGGAGUAACAGUGAACACUAUCCUCCCUGCAAUGAUCGGCGCAACAGAUAUGAUUCCAACACCAAAGUCUACAACGUGGACAAGCGAUACCAACCUAGAAGCGCUGAAAGCCACAGACCCAGGUCUUGCAAUUGCUGCAAGCAUCCCGGUCCAUCGACUUGGUCAGCCCGAUGAGGUCGCCAACGUCGCCGUCAUGUAA